UACAUCAUUAACACGUGGAUUUUUAAACUUAUAAGGAUCCAAUCAGACUUUUUUUUUCAUCUUUAAGAAAACGAAACUCUGCUGCACUUUUAAAGCCAAAACGGAAAAGCCAUGUCAACAGGCUCGACUCCAAGUGAUCCUGAGGACGACGAGAUAUUCCACGGAAGUGUCUCUGCAAACAUGAGGAACAUUACCCACCUCAGUACCAGGCGGUAUUUGGACAAAGAUCUGGAAGAUGAGGGUGUGGAGAGGAGGAUCCAGCAGGACCACAGCAGGCUCUCCAAGGCACACCAGAAGGAGUCGAGGCAGUCUCAGAGGAAUGCUGCCAACGCUAGGGAGAGGGCGAGGAUGAGAGUGCUAAGCAAAGCUUUCUCCAGACUGAAAACGAGCCUACCCUGGGUUCCCGCAGACACCAAAUUGUCAAAACUGGACACGCUGCGUCUCGCAUCCAGCUACAUCUGUCACCUCAGACAGAUCCUGCAGGAGGACCGGCUGGAGGACAGCUUUGCACAUCCAGUCAGUCUGGUACGAAACUUCUCCAACAGCCAUUAUUGGUAA